UUUUGAUAGGAUAAUUUGAAAUUGUUACUUGUUUUCGAAGAAUUUCAUUGCUCGAACCGCAAAUCCGGAUAUAUUUAGCAGUAGGAAUAUCUAUUUACUUGACACCGUCGUUACGGAGCAACUUAAAAGCAGCCGGCAUGUCUUACACUUGUGAUAACUUUCCAGAACUGAAGAACGAUGUUAUAAUACGAGCUGCCUGGGGUGAGAAAACUGAAUAUGUUCCUGUAUGGGCCAUGAGACAAGCUGGACGAUACCUCCCAGAAUUUAAGGAAGUGAGGGCAAAACAUUCAUUUUUUGAAGUAUGCCAGACUCCUUCUCUGGCUUGUGAAGUUACACUCCAGCCUAUAAGACGUUUUGCUCUGGAUGCUGCCAUUAUUUUCUCUGACAUCCUUGUUAUUCCUCAAGCUCUUGGAAUGACUGUGGAAAUGGUGCCAGAGAAGGGACCAACAUUUCCAGAUCCUUUAAGAAAAGCUGAAGAUCUUGAGAAGUUGAAUAAAAAUGUAAAUGUGAAUGAUGCACUUAGUUAUGUAUUUGAAGCCAUUACACUAACUCGGCAUAAGCUUGAAGGAAAAGUUCCUCUUAUUGGAUUUUCUGGAGCUCCAUGGACACUUAUGUUUUAUAUGAUUGAAGGAGGUAGUUCUUCCACUGCAUCCAAGGCAAAGAAAUGGUUGUACACACUUCCAGAAGCCAGUGUGGAGCUUCUAGAAAUUUUGGAACAUGUAAUUGUCAAUUAUUUAGUUGCUCAAGUUAAAGCAGGUGCACAGCUGCUGCAGCUUUUUGAAUCUCAUGCUGGGAUUCUUGGACCUGACUUGUUCUUUAAGUAUGCCUUGCCAUGUAUCCGAAGAAUCGCUGAGAACGUAAGAGCUAAGCUAAAAGAACAAAAGCUUCAGAAUGUUCCUAUGAUAAUUUUUGCUAAAGAUGCCCAUUUUGCACUUCGACAACUGAGUCAGAGUGGUUAUGAAGUUGUCUCCCUUGAUUGGACCAUCGAUCCUUUGACAGGAAGAGAACAGACAGAGUCCCAUGUAUCUUUACAAGGGAAUCUUGAUCCUUGUGCCCUCUAUGCUUCAAAGGAUGAAAUUGAAAUUUAUGUAAAAACUAUGUUGAAGAAAUUUGGUACACAUCGUUACAUUGCUAAUUUGGGUCAUGGAAUGUACCCAGAUUUCCAACCUGAUCAUUUAGGUGCUUUUGUGGAUGCUGUUCAUAAGCAUUCCAAACUUAUGAACAAACCUGAGUGACAUGCUAUAGUCAUGAUUCUAGUGUCUUUCCAUGACAUCUGUCUUCGUCAUCUUCUCUCACAAAAAAAUGAAUACAGAACGAAAUUAAAAACAUUUAUAACAAAAGAA